GUGGUGGUGGUGGUGAAUGAUGUCCCAGCUAACUGCUCUGGUUCAUGCUCCUUUCAGUAUUCUCAGGAAGCAACCCCUUUAGUCAGCCAUGUGGAGUAUUCACUAGCUGAUGGACUCCACACCAGAGUUUAUAUCACAGGGUCUGGCUUUGCUGAGGACAGCCAAGCACUGCAGAUAGAGGUGAACCACACAACCUGCCAAGUCACGACUUCAAAUCAAACGGCUAUAGUUUGCUUGAUGAACGUGUUACCAAUGGGACUGUACCAGGUUACAUUACUGGUGAGACCUUAUGGCUUUGCUCGCAAUGCCAGCAAAGGACAAGGCAUCUACCUGAGAGUUAAGCCCAGGCUGGAAGCUAUUGAACCUCCGACAGCUUCCGAGAUUGGAGGGUGCUCAGUGAUCCUCCGAGGGACUGGUUUUGACGGGAUAAGCGAGGUAUUGUUUGGAUCUCACUCUUGUCCAAUUAAUACCAACACCAGCAGCUCAGUGAGGAUUGAAUGUGAAGUUCCCUCUCGGGGGGAUGAAGAAUAUGUUGUCCCUGUGACACUAACCGCUGGGUCCCAGUCUGCCACGUUCACUGAGGUGUUUAAGUACGAUCCUUCUUUAAAUCCAGCUGUUGUAUCACUGAGCAGAAACAGAAGCAGCACAGCAG